GACCUUUUACCUGUAGUUAUUGGUCCUUUCGGAGAAAUCUCCGCCACUGACUGUGUAGUAGCAAUUUUUGGUGUAGAUGCCGAUAGGCUCGGGAUUUUUGACGACGAUGCCAUCACAAAGGGUGUUGCGGACUUUUUGGUUGUCGGCGUUAAAGUUGUGUAAUUACUAUAAUGCUAACAUUAUCAGCAUCAUGCUUUUUGAUGUAGUACGUAUUGACUAAUG